AUGAGCAUCCUAUUACCAGACAUUCUUCACGAAGUUUUUUUACAUCUAUCCGAAAUAGAUCCAAUUUCCGGUGAAUAUCAAAAUGUAGGAUUAAAGAAUUUAUAUCAAUGCAUUUUGGUUAACCGGGAAUGGUGUAGAAUCGCAAUUCCUAUCCUAUGGAAACAGCCGUUUCAUUUCGGGCCCGAAAGAAGUUCGAUGGCAACUUUAAUGCAACGACAAGGAAGCAUGGCAUUAAGUUUUAUCACUCAUUCAUCCCACCCUCAAUUUCAACCAAUGUUCCCUUAUCCCAAAUAUUUACGAACAUUAAUGUAUGAAUCUCUAUUGAGAUCGUUGAGGGAUUUAUUAUCGGUAGAGGAGGAAGAUAAUGAGGAAACCGAUGAUGAGAAAUUGAACGAUCAAAUAAAAUUAUUGAUGAGAAGUUUACUUCAACUUUCCAUGCAAAACGGUGCAAGGUUAACCAGUUUGUGGAUUUUUCCCGGACUAAAGAAUGAUACUGACUUGUACGAAUUAUUAGAGGAAUCCGAAUUAAUAGAUUUAGUCAGAAAUAUAAAGCAUUUAGAAAUUCAUGGUCCAUGUCGGAGAGAUGAUUUAUUUACACUUUUAGGACGAAUUUGCCAUCAAGUGGAAUCUUUAUGUAUAGAUACGCUUUGGUCACGACACGCUUUUGAAAGGCACAUCGACAGAACGGGACAAUAUAUAGCUUCCCUAAUAUCCUCACAACGAUCCCUUCGCUAUUUCCGAUUAUCGAUAUGUAAAGGCUACACAAGAAUAUUCUUUCCCGCACUCGCAUCGCAUACGUCCACGCUUCGGCAGAUAUCAUUUGAUCAGGUUGAUUUUAAAGGUUGCGGAGAGUGGACUUCGAUUUCAGAAUGCAAAAAUCUAGAGUUGUUGGAAAUUACCCAAUGUUCUAAUUUAACAACUGAAAUGAUUCGACCACUCAUCAACGACCAUACCGAAAACAAUGGUUCAAGUUCACCCGACAGAACGAAAGGAAGAUUUGGAAAGAACUUUAAAGUCAGGUAUAUAAGAAUUAGACCUUUUUGUCAAGAAUUUGAGGAUUGGGUUGAUAGUGUUAAUAGUAAUAGUGAACGCGAUGUAGAAUUACCUUUUCCAUUGGGUGAGGCGAGCGGGAGUAAUAAAUAA